UCUUUACCUGUAUCCGGUGUGACAAACGGAAUGAAACAAAAACGUUUUUGAAUACCGGUAUACUAUGUAGAAACUGCCGAUUAAGUUUAAAUAGCUGCUGAGGUGCAUUAAUCCUGUUCUGUAUUAUGCUUAUUUUGAAUGAUGGAUAAAUUUGUUGUUCGUGUACCAAAGGCAGAGAGCGUGAAGCAGGAACCAAGACAAGAGAGGAAUUACAAACAAGCAACAUUAGAGUCCCUGCGGAGAGUGGUAGUAAUUGAAGAUAUCGAAAGGUACAAAUCAAUCCUUGAACUCCCUGGCCAACCUAAAGAGAACAUAUUAGAAGCCUUGAGAGAACUAGACAAGAAAGUGCCUUCCAAAGAAGUGCUCAAGACUACCAAAAUUGGGUAUACGGUAAACAAUCUACGUAAAUACUCUGAAGAUGCUGAAAUCAAAUCACUUGCUGGGGCAGUGUACACACAUUGGAGGACCUUCAUUGAAGAGCAUGCAAAUAAACCCUCAAUAGAAGUUCGCUGUGACAAACAGACUGAAGGUUUAAGGAGUAAUGCCAGGAAACUUCUGUCUGAAGCCAUUGAGUUAAAGGUGGAGCAUGGGCUGGUGGAGAACAUUGAAAGGGAGGUGUUUCACCAAAGCUCUCGGCUUGUUAAUGGUCCAUACAGAAGAACUGUCAGGGCUCUUGUCUUUGCUCUAAAACACAAGCCUGAAUUGAGAGCACAAGUCAAAGAAGGAAAAAUACCAGUGAAUAAAUUUGUAAGCAGUUACAAGAAGAAACAGUAAGGAACUGAAGAACUGGACUAUUCCGAUUUGGGACAACUACAAAUACGUUUUAGACAACUUUUUUAUUGCUCAUGUUUUUUACAUACGACAAUGCCAUUUUACUUGAAAUCUUGUUUUAAAUAUAACAUUUUAUCAGUUGUCA